AGCAUUGUCACUUUGGUUCAAAGGGACAGAAUGUUUUCUGUUCCAUUUCUUACCUCAUUGACAAGUCAUCUUGGGAUCACAGCAAUUGAUGAUGCAAGUGAUACCCUUUCAUGUCUCAUCACUGCCUUCCUCUUCAUCAUCGCAGCCAUUCUCACUUCAGCCCAAAGCUAUGUUGGCUCAGCGAUGGAGUGCUGGCUUCCUCAGACGUACUCGGGCGCUUGGGAAGAAUUUGCUGAGAACUACUGCUUCUUGAAGGACACCUACUUCUAUCCAAGACAACAAUCCAUGACAGAUAUUCCAAUGUAUCACAAAGAACGUCAUCGUCUUACCUACUAUCAAUGGUCCAGUAUGUACUUGGCAGUUGCUGGAAUUGCUUUUAUGAUUCCAAAGUUUAUUUGGAGACUUUCUCAGUCUACAACCGAUAUGCCAUUGAUAUAUUUUUGUGAUACUGCAAAUGAAAUCAAAAUUGAAACUACUGAAAAAAGAAGUUCCAAAGUCAAAGAGAUGGCUAGAUUUAUGCGCUCCAAGAUCACGACUGUCCAUACUCCAUCCAUAUUUUCUUGCAUCAGAAUGUACUCUGUUUAUUCAAUUGUCAAGAUGUUGUACCUCAUCAUUGCAAUUGCUCAAUUUGUAAUUCUUGCAAUUUUUCUUGAUCAAGAGAAGGAUAUGUUCUGGGGAUGGACUCUCUUUAUGAAUCUUCUUAAUGGAAUUACCUGGGAAACUACUGGAUUAUUCCCACGUGUCACCUUCUGUGACUUUGAAAUCCGUGAGACUGCCGGAAACAAUCGUGCGGAAACUGUUGAAUGUCUGAUUGGAAUCAAUGUAUUUAAUGAGAAAAUCUUCCUUUUCCUCUGGUUUUGGCUCCUAUUUCUUAUCUUCUCUACACUCGUUGCUCACAUCUACAAUGCCACACAUAUCGCGAAGCCCUACAUCAUCAACAGCUUGCUUCACAGCAUUCGGGAUCAUGGUAUUGUCGAUCAGAAGGAAUUGUUCAAAGAGUUCGGAGAGAAGUAUCUCACAAUGGACGGGAAAAUUAUUUUGAGUUUCGUCAAGGCUCAGAGUGAUUUGGUUGCAUCGGAAGUUGCCGUGGAGAUGUACAACGACUUUUUGGAGGUCAGAGAUCAACGCAUCUAUAUCAUCUCCCACGAGUUCAACGAUAUUCAGAAAACCAGGAACUAAUUUCUUUCAUUUCCAUAUUUUUUUGUAUUAUGAAACUACUUACAAAGUAGUAAUCUUCACUUUGUGUUUAAGUUUUUAUUUCUGGGAAAAUUAUUUGAUAAUAAAACAAAUUGCAACGAAUA